UGUCUUCUACUACAAACCUUUCGUCCUAGGGAUAGGGUUUGUUGUUUGUUUAUCUUCCUAAAACAAAGAUGAUGCAGCCAACCCCAACGCCGCCGCCACCGCAGCAGAUACCCCAUCAGUAUCAGUAUCAACAACAGCCACCGCAACAGCCUCCUCCUUAUAUGAUGAUGAUGCCACCUCAGCCCCAGCCUCAGCCUCAGCCUCAGCCUCAGCCUCCUCCUAUGUGGGCUCCACCUCAGCAGGGCCAACAACAACAAGCGGCUCCACCCGGGGAGAUCCGGACUCUGUGGAUCGGGGACUUGCAGUAUUGGAUGGACGAGAACUAUAUCUCUUCCUGUUUCGCUCAUUCAGGCGAGGUUGCUUCUGUAAAAGUAAUCCGUAAUAAGCAGACUGGUCAAGUAGAGGGUUAUGGCUUUGUUGAGUUUGUUACCCGUGCUGCUGCUGAAAGAGUUUUGCAGACCUAUAAUGGUACCCCAAUGCCAAAUGGUGAGCAGAACUUCAGACUGAAUUGGGCUUCAUUUAGUGCUGGUGAGAGGCGUGAUGAGACCCCUGAUUUCACAAUAUUUGUUGGAGACUUGGCUGCCGAUGUUACUGACUACAUGCUUCAAGAGACCUUCAGGGGCCGCUAUUCCAGUGUUAAGGGUGCCAAGGUUGUGAUUGAUAGGCUUACUGGACGCACCAAGGGUUAUGGGUUUGUUAGGUUUGCUGAUGAAAGUGAACAGUUACGAGCUAUGACUGAGAUGAAUGGUGCCUUCUGUUCAACUAGGCCCAUGCGAAUUGGGCCGGCCACUAAUAAGAAGACUUUGUCUGGUCAACAGCAGUAUCCUAAAGCUUCAUAUCAGAACUUUCAAGGGACUCAAAGUGAUGACGAUCCAAAUAAUACAACUGUGUUUGUUGGUAAUCUGGAUUCUGUUGUGACGGACGACCAUUUGAGAGAACUUUUCAGCCCAUACGGGCAAUUAGUACACGUGAAAAUACCAGCAGGCAAGCGAUGUGGGUUUGUUCAAUUUGCUGACAGAAGCUGUGCAGAGGAAGCUUUAAGAAUGCUGAAUGGAACUCAGUUGGGUGGGCAAAAUAUACGCCUUUCAUGGGGACGCAGUCCUUCAAACAAACAGGCUCAGCCUGACCCAAACCAGUGGAGUGGUGGAUACUAUGGAUAUGCACAAGGUUAUGAAAAUUAUGGAUAUGCUGCACCGCAAGACCCCAACCUGUACUAUGGAGGUUAUCCUGGAUAUGGAAAUUAUCAGCAGUCCCAGCAACAGCAGCAGCAGCAGCAGCAGCAGCAAGUAGGAUACAGCUGAGAAGUUGUAACUUACGUGGCUACAAUUUAUUGUACUAUUAUGAGGUUGAAUUGAUGCUAUUUUCUCCUGUCUGCCCUUUCUGGAGGAAACCAGUUCAGGCUUUAAUGCGUGCUGCAUGAACCUCCUCUCUCCUAAAAUUUUGAGAGCACUUUAUUUAUAAUAUUUAGCUUUGUCCAAAUGAUGUUUUUUUAUAAUAUAACUAUUAUGUUGUUUUUUCGGCUAA